UCUUCUUCUUCCUCGUUCUUCAGAUCGCAUAAGCUAGCUGCCUCCUGCUGCCAUUUUUUUUGCUCUUCAACAAUGGAGCCUACCCCUCUCCUGACGCCGUACAAGAUGGGCCAGCUCGACCUUGCCCACCGGAUCGUCCUGGCCCCGCUCACCCGCCAGCGCUCCUACGGCAAUGUGCCGCAGCCGCACGCCGCCGUGUACUACUCCCAGCGCGCCACCGUCGGCGGGCUUCUCAUCACCGAGGCCACCGGCGUCUCCGACACGGCGCAGGGGUACCGCGAUACACCGGGCGUGUGGACGGCGGAGCAUGUCGAGGCAUGGAAGCCCAUCGUCGAUGCAGUGCAUGCCAAGGGCGCUCUCAUCUUCUGCCAGAUCUGGCACGUCGGCCGCGUGUCCACCUAUGAGUACCAGCCCGGUGGUGCCGCGCCGCUGUCGUGCACGGACAAGGGGGUGGGCCCGCAGAUGAGCUAUGACGGGAGGCUGGAGGAGUUCGCGCCGCCGAGGAGGCUCAAGGUGGAGGAGAUACCGGCCAUCGUCGACGACUUCAGGAAGGCAGCUAGAAACGCCAUCAACGCCGGUUUUGACGGUGUGGAGAUCCACGGGGCCAAUGGGUACCUCAUCGAGCAGUUCCUCAAGGACAGUGCGAAUGACCGCACCGACAAGUAUGGUGGCAGCAUCGAGAACCGGAGCCGCUUUGCUCUCGAGGUGGUGGAUGCCGUCGUGAAGGAGGUCGGUGGCCACCGUGUGGGCAUCCGCCUCUCCCCCUUCACCGACUACAUGGAUUGCCACGACUCCGACCCGCAUGCCCUCGCGCUCCACAUGUCCACCAAGCUCAAUGACUACAACAUCCUCUAUCUCCACAUGGUCGAGCCGAGGAUGGCCAUCGUCGAUGGACGGCGGGUGGUCCCGAAGCGCUUGCUGCCAUACAGGGAGGCGUUCAAAGGUACAUUUAUGGCCAAUGGUGGGUACGACCGCGAGGAAGGGGGCAAGGUGGUUGCCGAGGGGUACACUGAUUUGGUCUCCUUCGGGCGGUCGUUCUUGGCGAACCCGGACCUGCCAAAGAGGUUCGAGAUCGGUGCAGAGCUGAACAAGUACGAUAGAAUGACUUUCUACAUCUCCGACCCCGUCGUCGGCUACGCCGACUACCCCUUCCUCGAGUAAAAGUUGAUGGAGGUACUUUGUUCAGUGAUGCAACUAAUUGUACCACACAUAAUUAAUUAAAUGUAUCGUGUAAGUGUUGUGUUUCAUCCAAGAACAAACCAUGUAUUAUUGCUGCUGCUAGCUUCAAAUAAAUAGUGCAAUUGGGGUGACCCCACCCAUUAUGCACCUAAGGAGUGGUUCCAAUCAUUCGUUCGGAGAAUAUUACUACA